GCGACGCCCCUCUUUAUGUUUACAUCACGUGCGUAAGUUCAUGGGAGAGGGCGGUUUUUUGGUGCCGUCUCUUUUAUGAAUUAUGAGCCUAAGAGCGAUCGCUGUGAUCAGCAUACCUCACAAAGAUGCAGCAACUACAGUCUACUACAGGCAAUUUCCGACGUGUGAAAAGCGGGCCAGGCUAAAGCACAAGCAGGGCUACACCCCGAUGCCAUCCCACAAAGCUCUGGCCAGUGCCCUGGCUGACGUCGUCUGCUUCGAUGAGAACGAGUUCAAGGAGUGGCGAGACAGGGUAGAUGUACCCCUUCAGCUUCCGGCCAUUGAGAUACGGACUUUGCAGGGAUCUCUGUGGCCCUUCGUUUUUACCAAAGAGCAAGGCAUGUACGUCUGCAGUAUGCCCCUGACCGACGCAACGUACGAGCCGACGGAGAGGCCAGAGCUCAUUGACCUACCAGAAGUUACCUCAGCGUUUUCCGCAGUGAUGACAGUUGUGAAAUUCCUGGGCCCUAGCCUCUCCAACCUGACGCCGACCUGCACAAAGUUGAUGGAGCUGGACAACUUCCUGUCCGUCGCCGCUCCAUUUGGGUUCCUUCAGAUCACCGAGCCGAGUGUUGUCGAGGCCAUGCUCGGGGACAAGGAGGUGGUUCCUCUGGAUGAAACUCUCAAGGUCCCGGCUUGGCGCCCAGUGGCCUUCAAGGGCAAGCCAUCCCUAAGCGUGAGCAUCAAGGAGACGGUUCAUGCCACGCAGUGCGAACGUCCCGACAUGGACCCCGUGGUGGAGAUCACGGGCGAAGUGAGGGUGCGGUGCGAGCUCGAGGGUCACGGCGCGGAGGUGACUCUGCUCCUGGUCGGUGCCGGGGACGGUGGCCCCAAGGGCUGGCCCCCCCUGCCCCUGGAGGCCCUCUCAGUGCACUCCUGUGUCCAAGCGGCGUCCAAUCUUCAGCUGGCUACCCCAGGCGGGGCGGCACCCAGGGAGGCCUCGAGGGUGAGGCACCCUGUGUACCGCCUGCGGUUCUCGCCGCCUCUUCACCCGUUUUCCCUCUGCUACUAUGGGACGGCACCCGCUCCCAUGCCCCCCAUUGCUGGCGUCUACUCCAUGCGCGGGGACAAGCACGUGGACUUCCUGAUCCAGCUGAAACUCCAGGAAGGCAUCCGCAACAUGUUCCAGUCCUGCGAAGUUAGGAUUCCCUUCUUUAACAGGGGCAAGAUGAAGAAGUCGAGCCUGACGCCUAGCUGCGGCAGCGUGUCCACAGCCAAAGACAAGUUCGGUCUCGUCUGGUCCAUCGGUCACAAGUUCACCCAGGGUUCACUGGAAGCAUCACUGACCGGCACCGCAUCCUUUGAGGAUAAUCCGCCGGAGGGAGAGCGCAACGCAUCACCCAUGCUCACCGGACUCACCUCCUACAUCCAGCUCCAGUUCAGGAUGGUCGACUGCACCUUGACGGGUUGCCAGGUCGAUCCCAAGUCCAUCCAAAUCUCACCACCAUGCAAGCUGAAGAUCUCGUUGGAGCGCGAAGUGGAGUCCCGGGAGUACAGGAUCUGGAACAAGUUUGGCGAGCUACCGUUUGCCAUCCCAAAGAGCUGCACCUAGCUGGGUGCCAAGUCCAGCUGUCACAUGUACAACGGGCUCCAGUGUAAAUAAAACAAUGUUAUAGUUUUGA